UGUGGUAUUUCAAGGUCUGAAGUUCUGGACGCCAUCUUUGUUUUUCUUCUUCUUCUUUAUUCUCGUUGAUCAAAAAGAGGAAAAAWAAGAUGGACAGCGCAAUGGCUAUGAAAACGUGGGAGUUUUCCAAUAACAUGGAGACGGUGAACAGCGUUGAUGAAAUCUUCAAAUACGACCGUCAACAACAACAAGAGAUUUUACAAGCCAAACCUUGGAUGAACAACCCUAAUUACUUCAAGUAUAUAAAGAUAUCAGCUCUAGCUUUACUGAAGAUGGUAAUGCAUGCUCGUUCAGGUGGUAACCUAGAGGUCAUGGGUUUGAUGCUUGGUAAGGUAGAUGGGAACACAAUGAURGUGAUGGAUGCCUUCGCUCUACCUGUGGAGGGAACAGAAACAAGGGUUAAUGCACAGGCUGCAGCAUAUGAAUACAUGGCAGCAUAUAUUGAGUCAGCAAAAUUGGUUGGUCGGUUGGAGAAUGCUGUUGGCUGGUACCAUAGUCAUCCAGGAUAUGGUUGUUGGCUGUCUGGUAUUGAUGUUGGUACGCAGAUGGUCAACCAACAGUUCCAGGAACCUUUUGUUGCUAUUGUCAUUGAUCCAACAAGGACUAUUUCUGCAGGAAAAGUUAAUCUUGGUGCAUUUAGAACUUACCCUAAGGGCUAUAAACCACCAGACGAAGGUCCAUCAGAAUACCAAACCAUACCUCUGAACAAGAUUGAAGACUUUGGAGUUCAUUGUAAACAGUAUUAUUCUUUAGAAGUUUCAUAUUUUAAGUCAUCCCUGGACAAGAAACUCUUGGACCUGUUGUGGAACAAGUACUGGGUCAACACUCUUUCCUCGUCAAGUUUACUAACAAAUGCCGAGUACACCAACCAUCAAAUAGAAGAUUUAUCAGAAAAACUAGAACAGGCUGAAUCUCAGGUUGGAAGAUUAGGUAGUUUUGGGUUGGAUGCAGAUAAGAAAGAAGAAGGAAAACUAGCAAAGACAACAAAAGACAGUUGYAAGACAGCUAUUGAGACAGUAAAUGGACUGAUGUCACAAGUUAUCAAGAACAGACUCUUUAACCAGGUUGGACUAAAACAGUCCCCACCAUCAUCAUGAGAACAGGACCAUGUUAAUAUGAUAGAAAACUGCUGUUAACUGAAUAGUGAUGAAUUCUUGCAUCAAAUUAACUGAGAUCAACCCAAGAAAGAUUCUCUUCAGUGAUACUCCUGGGAGCCCAAGUGGUUUACUUCUCAACAGGAUUCAAAAAAGCUUUAAAUUUCAAGUCAAUUCUUAAAACACUAUUCAUGUUUUAAAUUCGGAAUUAUCUUUUUCUGUUUGGCUCUCCUGCAUAGUCUUAUGAAGGCAACGAAAAAAUGCUUAAAUUUAAAUUGAUCAGGCAUAGCUUUCCAAAGCUAUUUAUUUCCUAUUUCAAGUCACUGUUCCUUGAGUAUUAUUACUUUCUUUUCGGGAUAAUUUGCUCCAGAAAAUGCGUAUAAAGAAGGUUUUUGGUUGGAAUGGCUCAGUUUUUGAAAACCUUUAUCGAGGUAAUGUACAUAAACAAUAUGUUUAUUCUUCGAGUUUCGAUAUCUGUACAUGUCACAAGUGUUUACUGAUGUACGUUAUGAGUAUAAAGAACAUAUAAAGAUGAA